AUGCCCUGGCCAGCGAGUACAGGCGGUUUGGGGUCACCGAUGAGGGACCAUUACUUGGACGAGAUUCCGGUCAUAACCCAUGUGGCCCAGAUGAUGGAGCAAUGUGGAGAUAAUGAUGAGGACGUCGUUGGCGGUGGUGGACCCAGUGGAGGGACUGGGACGGGUGCUGCAGUGGUUCCGGACAACACCGGGGGCCCAGGCAGUGACACAUGCUCAGCCACAGUCUGGUACACUGUCAACCAGUCAGAGUUGCAUGGCGACUGGGUUCUGAAGCGUGGAAACGUCAGAGCUUGUGACAAGCGCACGAAGGAGUGCCACAUGUUCGGGGACAUCGAGAUGGGGUACGGCAACUACAUCGACGAAGAUGAUGUCACGUGCUACGCCAAGGCCCCCCAGGGCUGGUUUGAGUAUCGGCUUCGACCAAGCAAGCUCUGGGACGAGCGUUGCAGUGGUGGUGAGACAAAGUGCGAUUUCGAGGAGACAGAGAACUUCAAGGCGGUCUGCCAGGAGUGGUGCUCCGAAGAGAACUCCACAAGGUUCUGCAGCAUCGACAUCAGCGGGCGCAAGAAUCCAUGCUGUAGGCGCUCCACCACCUGCGAGGACUUCGAAACUGCGGGCCGCGAAUAUCGGAUCUUCAAGCAUCAGGAUCAUUACGUGGGCAUGCAGUGCGAUGAUGGUUCCAAGUGCCUCAUCCUCUCCUGGAAAUUCAACAUCAUCGGCCAGUUCCCGAAGGAUGUGGCGGCAGAGUGGUCUUGA